AUGACCCUCGUCAGCUCUGUGGGAGGAAACUUCGAGGAAGCUGGGAUUCUCAUGCCUCCGAUGCCCGUUGCGACCAGUGCACCAAGAUGCACAAGGCACGCCAUCGCUGUCGAGCCAGCAGUCAGCGACUUCGAAGUGAGCCCUCAGCGCGGUCCUCCUCGAGCCAAGCUGUCAAGGAAGCCUGCGGUGCCGCUCGGGCCCGUAGACGAGUCUGACGAGUCCCUUGCGAUAGAAGAAGCAUACUUCGCUUCAGUUUGCUCGGAGUGUCUAGCUGGAGACAGCAUGAUCAUUGAUCCAUCUGUGGUCGCGCAGGUGGUAUCCGAAAACGUCCCCAAGCUCAAGCGAUCAAACUCAAUUCUUGGUGCCGAGAGAAGGAGGAUCUGGACUCAUGGCCCUCGUCCAGAAUAUAAGAAGGAGAGCCAGAGGUACAACCUUCCGGCGAGAGUUUUAACUCUUCUCCGACCUGGUCUCGAUAUUGCUAUCCUACCUGGUGCCCACGAGAGGACUAGGCAUUUCUGGGAGUUCUGCAAGGAAGUGUUCGGAUAUGAAGACUGGCAAGCGAUCUUCACCAGCGGCAAUAUUUACAACAUGGAUGAUGACACGGAUGACUGUAUGGUCGAAACUUUGCGUGGGAUUAUAACCUCAUCUAACUGUGAAUGGACGCUUGUUCCCUACUGUGUCACUACCCAAUUUCAGCGAUGGGCUGACAAACUAAGCGAUCUCCCAGUGCAGAUCUUCGGGGAGGACCUUGAAUGGAUCAACACUUAUGGAAACAAAGGCGCCUUGCACAGGCACAUUCAAUCCCUUGAUGUCCCCUCUGUCAUCGAAUCCCUGGAUCCAACUAUCAUCGUACCCAAGGGAUAUACUUGCAGCUCGUGCUCGGAUCUUGUCAAGGCGUAUGAACUAAUUGGAAGCAAGGAGGUUGUGAUCAAGCCUAUCUAUGGAGCUGCAGGAGAAGGAAUUAUUUUUGUCAGCGAUGUUGCAACGUUGCAAUCGUAUGAUUUUCCUUACGGUGUCGUUUGUCUGGAAGAAAAACUUGACUUGGACAAGGCGCCAGAUGGUGUUGCGAUCUCGCCUGCCCUCCAUUACAAUGAAGAUCAGUUCUUAGGAGAAGAUUUUGUGGAUCAGAUUAUGAAGGGAACCACUUACAUGGGAUGGAGGCAGUCAAAGGUCGAGCCUUCCUUCCAAGACGAGGCAAGGCGAUGCCUCAGGGCUUUCAUCAAGGGUUCGAUGCCCAAGGGACCAGGAGGAGUGGAUUUCUUGUCGGUGAAAGGCGUGCCAUAUCUCUCGGACCUCAACACCGGGAGGUUCAACGGCUGCCAUACUCCCAAACUCUUCCGUUCGAUGUACUCCCCCGAUGCACACUUUUACUGCUGGAAGUGCACAACUCCAGAGGAGCUUCAUGUUGGACAGUUCUACAAACAACUCCAGGAGGCAGGAUGUGCGUUUGUCCCUGGACAGUCUAAGUAUGGUGUCUUCCCUCUGCUGUACCUUCAAGGAAAGUCUGCAAUGUUCAUCGCCUUGGCAGAAGACGAGGAAGAGUGUCUCAAGCUCUACCAUACUGCCAGCCCCUUCCUUGCGCUUUCGCCGCAGCAGCAAGCUCGAGUGAAAGCAGCAAAGCAGCUGAGGGAGGCCGAAGAGCAGGCGGCCAAGGCAGAGAAACAUGCUCUCGCCAUGGCUGAGAGAGCGCGAAAAGCCUUGGAGGAAGCUGAUGCUGAGGCAGCAGCCGCAUGCCAUCUUGCUGUCUGCUCAACAUGA